CUUGUGGCAGAAUCCCGACCCCGUUGUCCAAAAAUGGUGCUGUUGAGGUCAGGUGGCGGCUGAGGACGGCCCCGGCAAUUGGCGCCGAGGAUGUGACUUACUCUUGACCGCCUUUGAGCGGGCAACCGGGCCACAGGUGGACUAACCCGCUCCGGGAUUCCUGGCAGAGUUGGUGAUGGUUCUCUGUUCUUCUUGUCGCGAGACAUCCCCUCCACCCAGUUGGUACCACGCAGUGGUGUUGAGCAGAAUGGACCCGGGAUGGCGGCCUGAUCCCAAAUCACCGUGUCCGUCAGAGAGGAGCCUCAGUCGUCUUUGUCAAGAUCUCGCUUUGAGUGCCCAUCCAUGAUGAAAGCGAAGAGUUGGUGGAGACAAGGACUCUUUAUUCCAGACAUCCUCUCUCAGGUGACGAAGGAAAAUGGGGAGGAAGGACGCCAGCGCCACCAACCUACCAGUCGAUCAGUACAGGAAACAAAUUGGGAAGCAGGACUACAAAAAGACAAAGUCGGUUCUGAAGGCCACGCGGCUCAAAGCGGAAGCCAAGAAGAGCUCCUCCGGAUUCAGGGACGCCUUUUUGGUCGUCGUGGCCAUCUUGUUCUUUGUCGUCUGCGUCUACGCCUUUUUCUACCUCAACCUCAGCAACGAGAUUAACAUGGACAUGGACGUGGACUAAAAGCAGCCGUGGGAGACCUUGUAAACACAAACAGGAAGUGAUGUCAUCAGUCUUUCAGACUCUUCAUUAGGUAGACCCACAUAAUGCAAUCCUAGCAAUCCUGCCACCUAGAGGAAGGAUAUUCAAUUGUACGGCCAAUAUGUCUCAGCAGCAAAAACAAAACAAAAAAAAAAAAAAAGAAAAUCGUCAAGUUUUUGUCCCCGUUCGUACAUCUACUUGGUUUUUGUACAUUAAAAAAGCGUGACUUGGUCAUUCGUUUCCUGGAAUCGGUGCACAUUCAUCCAAAGCGUUACGUACAUUUUGUAAUAAGGGCCCAACAGAUGGCAAGGCGUAUUUUCGUACGUUUUUAUUCGCAACUCAAGGCACUAACUAGCUUUUCGGUGUGCUCGGCAACAAAUCCUGUCAAAGCUCGAUCUCACUGCGUAUGUAAAAGAAGCUAGUUUCCCUCAAAUGUAUUUUUGCUAAUACAGUCAUACCUCGGCUU